AUAUAUUAAGAGGUUUAUGGAAUACACAACAUAAAAGUGAGUGAGGUGAGCAGACAAUUUUUUAGAGAAAAGAAAGUUGAGUAAAAUAAAAAGAAGGCAUAGCCCACUUUGAGCUUUCCACUUUCCAUAGCCAUUUCUUGUUGCUGUUCUUCAUGUUCUUGAUGUUCUUGAAUGGAGGAGAUAGAAACAGUGAAGUGCGAGUGCUGUGGGUUAAAAGAAGAGUGCACACAGCAUUACAUAUCUCAAGUCAAGGCCAACUUCGACGCCAAAUGGCUCUGUGGCCUCUGUUCUGAAGCCGUUCAUGACGAAAUUUUCAGAUCCAAAAACCCGCCGCCGUCCGCCGGGAUUCAAGACGCCGUCAAAGCCCACAUGCUCUUUUGCCGGAAGUUCAAGUCUAACCCCGCCGUUAGAGUCGCCGACGGCAUGAAGCAAAUCUUAAGAAGACGCUCUUCCGACUUGUCGUCCUCCCACUCCUCUUCUCCUUCUUCUUCCUCCUCAUCCUCCACUUCUUCCCAGGUCAAGGGCAGCUGGCCUGGGGGUUACUCGCAAUUGGUAAUAGCAUAACCAGAAGAGGGGUAGGGGAAAGAAGGUUACGUGUUGGUUAGCGUAGUGCAUCUGU